CUUCCCCCGCUCCGCCUCCAUCUCCGGCGGCGGCGCCUUCAGCAAACUGAUCAACGCCGUCAAAAAAUUCCCUCUCUCAUCAUCCCCAAGGCCCAGUGAAGAGGGUUUACUUAUGAGGAGCAUUUCGAGGAAACUGAACAAGAGGUUUUGGAAGAGGAAAGACAAGGAAGGGAGAAGGGUGACGACGGUUAAGGAUAUUGUGAGGUUGGAUUCUUUUGAAUUGUAUGGUGAACGGAGAUCGUUGUGUUUUCCGUCGCCAGUUGUCAGUAGCUGCAGUAGGCUCCGAUGACGGUGAGGAGGGGUCGGAGUCUUUUGUGUCGUCAUCGUCGAGUGGGGAGUUAGAUUGUUUUCCCUGUGAAAAAUCACACAAAAGCCCGAGUCAGAACCAGAGCCCACUUUUGUCGUCGUCAAUGCAGGAAGGCGAGCACCAAGGAGUAGAAUACAAAGGAUGUGUAUCCGAGGAGGAGAAAGAGCAGCUAAGUCCAGUAUCUAUUAUGGAUUUCCCCUGUCAAUAUGAAGAUGACGAGGGUGAGGAUGAGGAGGCUAGAACUUUUGGAUUUGAACGAAAUCUCGCAAACAUUGAAAAAGUAAUGGCGGCAAAGUUCAAGAUCGAGAAAUUCGACGGGAGUAAUUUCUCACUGUGGAAGUUAAAGAUAAAGGCUAUCUUGAGAAAAGAUAAUUGUCUGGCGGUCAUCGGUGCAAGGCCGGACAACAUCACAGAUGAUAAGAAGUGGAACGAGAUGGACGAAAAUGCUAUUGCAAAUCUCCAUCUGGCAUUUGCAGACAUGGUGUUGUCAAGCAUGGAGGAGAAGAAGACAGCAAAUGAGACCUGAGAUACUCUAACAAAGCUAUAUGAGGCAAAAUCCAUGCACAACAAAAUUUUCUUAAAAAGGAGACUUUACACUCUGAGGAUGGCGGAAUCUACAUCGAUGACCUUCCAUAUCAAUGUUGGGAAAAACCCGAGGCUCAAUAGAGCAAGGUCGUAGCAAUAGUAGAGUAAAAGUAGAGAUAAAAUAAUAGACACAUAGAUUUACGUGGUUCGGCACUUGAUUGCCUACGUCCACGGGCAAGGAUAGAAGAAUUUACUAUGAUGAGAAAACUCUGGAGUUACAAUCUCUCUUAACAAGGAGAUUCUCUCUAUUUUUUUUUCUCUCUCACUCUUCUACAAGAGAAGUUGUUUCUGAGAUGAGUUUUUUUCUUAAGGAUUUGGAGUCUAUUUAUAGUAUUUGGAAAAAUACUAUGCAUAAUAAAAUAUUAAUAUUUUACUAUGUUGUGGGGCCCGUCAUUAUUGUUUUUUUCCUUUGUCAACAAUUGUAGGCUCUUUCGGUGUUCUUUUGUUUUUGUCUAAAGGGUCGGCUGAUUGGCAAUCUCCAACUUAAAGAUUUGAUUAAGAAUCAAUCAUAUACUCACACCAUUCUUUCUAUCUUGUCAUCUUUAUGUUUCUUACGUCUCCGACAGACUAUAGGAGGAUCUACACUAAAUGAAUUUGUCUGUAUUGACUGCUUUCAAAAAAUCUGCUAGGUUAUCUUUGGUGUGAAUUUUCUACAUAUCCACUGUUCCUUCUUCCACUUUCUCAUGAACGAAAUGGUACUGAACUCGAAUGUGUUUGGUCUUUGAAUGAAAGGCUGGAUUUCUUACCAAAUAUAAAGUACUCUGACUGUCACAAAAUAGAGAUAUUUUCUUUUGUUUAUGGCCUAGUUCCUCCAGCACCAUCUUCAACCACAUCGCUUCUUUACUAGCUUGUAUAGCUGCUACCUAUCCUGCUUCUGUUGUUGAAGUAGCCACAACUGACUGUAGUUUUAAAACCCAACUUACAGCUCCGCCAGCAAGUGCAAACACAUAGCCUGUGGUUAAUUUGCUAUUAUCACGAUCACCUGUAUAAUCAGAAUCAACAUAUCCACUGACAAUAAAAUCAGAUCCCUCAUAACAUAAUACAACGAUUGAGGUUCCCUUAAUGUAUCUUAGGAUCCUCUUUACAACAUUUCAAUAGUCUUUAUCAGAAUUUGUCAUGUAUCGACUAAUUACUCCCACUGUUUGUGUAAUGUCUGGUCUUGUACAAAUCAUAACGAACAUUAAGCUUAUUACUGCUGAUGCAUACAGUACUCGAGACAUCUUCAUCCUCUCUUCCUCACUACUAGGACUCAUACUGGAGGAUAACUUAAAAUUAAUAGGAAAUAUGGUAGAAAUUGACUUACAAUCUUACAUGUUAAAGCGUCGCAAGAUUUUGUUCAAGUAAUUCUUCUGAGAAAGUCAAAUCUUCCUAUUAAUUCUGUCUUGGUAAAUUUACAUCCCUAGAAUCUUGUUUGCAGAUCCUAAAUCAUUCAUUUCAAAGUCCCUAGCCAAAUGAGCAUUUAAUUCUUUGAUACGAUCUUUGUUGGGACUUGCAACCAACAUGUCGUCAACAUGCAACAAUAAGAUAACAAAGUUAUUUUCACCAAACCUUUUAAAAUAUGUACAAGGGUCUGAAUUAAGUCUGUUGUAUCCAAAACUCAUGAUGAAUGAAUCAAAUCUCUUAUACCAACACCUCGGCGUCUGCUUUAGACCGUACAUAGAUUUAUUCAAUCUGCAAACCAAGUUCUCUUUUCCUUUUUUCUUCAAAACCUCCUGGUUGGAGCAUGUAAAUUUUUUCUUCAAGAUCUCUAUGAAGAAUUGUUAUUUUUACAUCUAGCCAUUCUAGAUGUAAGUCAAAUAUAGCGCUCAUAGCAAGAACUAUUCGGACUGCUAUAAGUCAAACUACAGGAAAAAAUAUUUCAUUAAAUUCGGUACAUUCUUUUUGAGCAUAUCCUUUUACCACCAAUCUAGCACGAUAUCGCUCUACUUGAUCAUCGCCAUUUCACUUGAUCUUGUACACUCAUUUAUUUUCAAUGGCCUUUCUUCCUUGUGGUAGUGACACAAGUACCCAAGUCUUGUUCUUAUGGAGAGAUUCAAUUUUUUUCUACAUUACUGUCAUCCACAAAGAUGCAUCUAUGUCAUUUAUAGCUUCAUGAAAAGUUGAUGACUCUCCAUCCUCCGUUAGAAGAUAGUAUGCAACAUUACUCUCCGUAAUAUACUCUGAGUGCCAAGUCGGUGGUCUUCUCUCACGAGUUGACCUUCGAAUUUCUAGAGCAUCGGACUCGACCAGUUCUUGUACAUCAUGCUCCGGUGUUGCUUUAGAAGAAUUCAGAUUAUCUUCUACCUGAACAGCUAUAAUCUCUGAGUCCUUCCUCGAACUGCUUUAUUUCUCUUCACUUUGUAGUUGGUUCUCUAUAAAGAUAACAUCUAUGCUGAUGAUAACCUUGCCAGCAGUGGGAUCCCACAGGUGAUAUCCCUUUACUCCAUCAGCAUACCCUAAGAAUAAGCAUUUUCUGGAUUUUGAAUCCAGCUUUGUAAUUUGUUGGACAUUGUACAUUACGUACACUAGACUUUCAAAUAUAUGGAGGUUAGAAUAAUCAGCUGGCUUGCCAAUCCACAUCUCCAUCGGCGUCUUCAACUGUAUUACGGUUGAUGGAGAUCGAUUCAUCACAUAACAGGCGGUUUUUACUACUUCCGCCCAAAAGACUUCAUCUAGAUUUGCAGUUGUCAACAUAGCUCUUGUUCUUUCUAACAGAGUUCUGUUCAUCCACUCCACCACUCCAUUUUGUUAAGGAGUAUAAGCCAUACUGAAUUGUCUUUUGAUACCUUCAUACUUGCAGAACGCUAGAAAUUAACCGUCUGUGUAUUCUCCUCUAUUAUCUGACCUCAAGCACUUGAUCCUCUUCUCAGAUUCAAGCUCGACCCGUGCUUUGUAGGUUUUAAAGACUAAGAACACAUCCGCCUUCUUCUUGAUAGGAUACAUCCAACAUCUUCUGGAGUAGUCAUCAAUAAAGGACACAAAAUACUUUGCUCCUCCCAAGGAUGUAACUGGUGCUUACCAUACAUCAGAAUGAACCAGUUCCAUAAUAGCCUGGCUUCUAGAACUUGAUGUGUUGAACUUCAGCCGAUGCUGCUUACUUAUAACACAAUGCUUGCAGAAUGAAAGAGCUAUCGAAUUAAGUCCAAGAAGCAGCUUCUGGUCGGAGAGAAUCUUCAAGCCUCGUUCUGACAUGUGGCCUAGUUUGAGAUGCCACAUGAAUCAGCUUCCUACAUGGUUUCUCCCUUGAGCAUAUAUAGAUUUACAGCUAUCUUUUCUCCUUUUAUUACCACAAGCGUCCCUCUAACAAUCUUUAUGAUCUCAUUUUCUAUAUGAGUCUUGCACCCGAGCUCAUCUAAUUGUCCCAAAGACAAUAAAUUCUUCUUCAAGCCUUUCACAUGUCACACAUCUUGAAUGGUGCUAUUGUACAAAUAUUUUGAUUUUGAUAGUGCCAAUACCAGAAAUCUCCAAGGCAUGAUCAUUCCCUAUGAAUACAGAUCUUCCUGAGAUAGGUUCAUAUUUGUGAAACCAUUCUCUCCGGAAGGUCAUGUGCCAGGAGGCUGCUGAAUCCAAAAGCCAGACAUCAGCAAACAUCUUUCUGCCUUCAUCAACAGUGGUUGUUCCACUGAAUAGAAUUCACCAUCGUUUGAUAUGCUGACAACACAUCCUUGAGAUGUUGAUGACUCUGAAGAUUUUUUAUCUCUACUCUUCUUAUUGUGUCAACACUCCAAUUUGACGUGCCCUCUUUUGCCACAGUUGUAGCAUUUGAUAUUCUUCUUACUUCGUGAUUUUGAUCUACCAUGGGUAUGACUCCCACUAGAGCCAUGUUCCAUUGAUCUUCCUCUCGUCACCGUUAAAGCCUCCGCUUGUUGCAAACUUGCAUACCCGUCUUCCUUGUUCUUGCGUCGAUUUUCUUCCUCCAGAACAGCGGCUGUAACAUCGUCGAAGACUAGAUUGUCCGUGAGGACGUUGUUUGUCAGGUUGAUGAUGAGUUGAUCAUAUGAGUCAGGUAGACUCUGAAGUAGAAGUUCUGCAAGUUCAUUCGCACCGAUUGCAUGCCCCAAUGUUGUGAGUUGGGAGAACAGUGUGUUUAGGAUGUUGAUUGUCAAUCAGCCAACUCUUUUGACAAAAACAAAAGAGCACCGAAAGAGCCUACAAUUGUUGACAAAGGAAAAGAAAACAAAAAUAAGGGGUCCCACAACAUAGUUAAAUAUUAAUAUUUUAUUAUGCAUAUAUAGUAUUUUUCCAAACACUAUAAAUAAGCUCCAAAUCCAUAAGAAAAAACUCAUCCCAGAAACAACUUCUCUUGUAGAAGAGUGAGAGAGAAAAAAAAAAUAGAGAGAGUAUCUCCUUGUUAAGAGAUUGUAACUCUAGAGUUUUCUCCUCAUAGUAAAUUCUUUUAUCCUUGCGUGUGGACGUAGACAAUUAAGUACCGAACUACGUAAAUAUGUGUCUUUACCAUUUUAUCUCUACUUUUGCUCUACUAUUUGCUGCGACCCUGUUCUAUUGGGCCCUGAGUUUGUCCCAACAACUCUUACUAUAACGUGUAAAGGUAAUUAAAAGGUUCCAAAAUAAAAUUUGCUACUCGUGUGCAUGCGACAUAGGUUUCUACAUCUCUCAAACUAAUUAUCAAAAUAAUGACAACUUUUAAGAAUAGGAUAGGGAAUAUAGUAGGGAGUAGACGCAAAAAAUAAAAUAAAAUAAAAUAAUAAUAAAAAUUCCCAUAUAUGAUGUGGUUUUAAGUAAAUUUGA